AUAAUUUCGGGUAAAGCAAAGAUGAAGUCAACUUUCGUUGUCAUUUUCCUACUUUGGUCUGUGGUCAGCAGUGCAAGAAACCUGUGUGAAGACUAUCUCAAAAAUAAGUGGAUGGCUACGAGAAAAUGUGUACAACAUUGCAGAAACGACGAGAGAUGCGGAGCGGGUAACUGCAUAUUGCAUGAUGGUGUUUACGCAUGCCGGUGCUUGGCUUGUUAUUGACGGAUGCCAAAGACAUUCAACUAGAUGUUUGGCAAAUAAAUAUUUUCACAGCUAGCCAUGUUUAGUUACAGUAAAUAACUGGUUUACGU